AAAUUACAUAAUUUUAAUUUUUGGGUGAACUAACCCUUUAAUAACAGAGAGCCAAUGGGUGGUUUCACAGACUAAAAGACUAAAAUGCAUGUUUGAGUAUCCAAUUAAGUCAGGCUGUUUAAAUUGAAUUAAUGCUAAAUUAAAAAUACGUCUGAAUAUCUGAAAUAAUUCAAGGAAUUGCGCUUUUAGUCCACAAGGGGACAGAAGCGUCAUUGCGCGGCGGCGCUCAGAGGGGCGGGGCUUCGUAGAAACCGGAAGAUCAAAGUGUUCCGAGUGUUACACAUGAUUGGAGACCAAAACAAUGAAGGCGAUCAUUCAAAGAGUAACAAAGGCAAGCGUAACAGUUGGGGAGGAGCAGAUCAGUUCCAUAGGCAGAGGACUCUGUGUCCUGCUUGGCAUCUCAGUGGAGGACACACAGAAGGAUGUUGACUACAUGGUACGUAAGAUUCUUAACUUGCGUGUGUUUGAGGAUGAGAACGGCCGAGCCUGGAGCCGCAGCGUGAUGGACAGAGAGCUGGAGGUGUUGUGUGUGAGUCAGUUCACUCUGCAGUGUAUCCUCAAGGCAAAUAAGCCUGACUUCCACUCUGCCAUGCCGGCCGAACUGGCUCAGCCCUUCUACAACAGCAUGCUGGAGCAGAUGAGGGAAGCGUAUAAACCAGAACUCAUCAAAGAUGGGCAGUUUGGUGCAAAAAUGCAGGUACUCAUUCAGAAUGAUGGACCUGUGACCAUUCAUCUGGAGUCUCCUACUCGCCCUACAGACCCUAAACAGCUGUCUAAACAAGAGAAGCAACAACAGCGAAAAGAAAAAACCAGGUCAAAAGGCCCUUCCGAGUCCAGCAGAGAGAAGGCAGCUCUGCGCUCUAAAGCAGAUCCCAGCGCCAGCAGCGGAGCAGAGGGAGAUGUGUCCUCUGAACGGGAACCAUAGAGUACCUCACGGAUUUUGCAACUUGCAGAUCCAGAUUUUCCAGGGGAAUGCUGCUGUCUUCAGGGACAUCUCUCAUUGCAGCUCAUGCCUCAUUACUGUCCCUCUCAAAUGUCCACGAUAGUGCCCAGUCGGAUUUUCUUCUGAAACUUGGAUUGUAUAUAAACACAAGAACAAGUGGCAGCUCCACAAUUACCAGUAGAAAAAAAGACUCAGGCACAUAUAAGUGGUAUUUUGGCACUACUUUGAACAUAUCUGAAUAUUUACUAGGCCAUCUAAUUUAUUUAAAUGUAUACAUCUCUGUGAUAUGUUUUAAUAAAAACAGAAAAGAAAAAGGCA